UCCAUCCACCGCGCAGCAGCAGCAGCAGCAAGCAAGAGCAAGAGGAAGAGCAGCAGCAAGCAGCAGCAGCCCACUAUAUUGCAAGGCUUCCCGUUACUAGCGCAGCCCCAUCAUCUGCACCUUCCCUCCUUCGUUGUUGUUGGUGGUCGGAGCUUCUGGGAGGGGGUCAUUAUUUCGCAGGGACACUAUACGAGGAGGAGGAGGAGGCAUUUCCGAGACACCGACAGAAAGCGUGUAGCCUCAGAUUCAGCACCACACGGUUGAGGAAAGCGUCCCGGAUUGAGUCGAUUUUUUUCACUCCUCGCCGUGAACAGGAGGGUACCAUUUUUUUUUGUGUGUGAGAGUGUGUGUGCGUGUGUGUGUGUGUGUGUGUGGGAAUACUCCAAGAAACCAAGGCGCUAAACACAGUUUGUGGACCUGCAAGAGGUGUCAAAUCAAAACGGUUAAGAGACCAUGACGACCGCCACGUCCCCCAUCCUGUUGAAAUGGGACCCUAAGAGUCUGGAAAUCCGCACCCUGACUGUGGAGAGGCUUUUGGAGCCGCUGGUCACACAGGUUACCACCCUGGUGAACACCAGCAACAAAGGGCCAUCCAGUAAGAAGAAGGGGCGCUCCAAGAAGGCUCACGUCCUGGCAGUCUCUGUGGAGCAGGCGACCCAGAACUUUCUGGAAAAGGGGGAGCAGAUCGCUAAGGACAGCCAGGACCUGAAGGAGGAGCUCAUUGCUGCUGUGGAGGAUGUUCGUAAGCAAGGAGAGACGAUGCGUAUCGCCUCGUCAGAGUUUGCCGAUGACCCGUGUUCCUCUGUGAAGCGUGGCACCAUGGUGAGGGCCGCCCGCGCCCUGCUCUCUGCUGUCACCCGCCUGCUCAUCCUCGCCGACAUGGCUGAUGUCAUGAGGCUGCUGGCUCACCUGAAGAUUGUGGAGGAGGCCCUGGAGGGAGUUAAGAACGCGACCAAUGAGCAGGACCUGGCCAACCGCUUCAAGGAGUUUGGGAAGGAGAUGGUGAAGCUUAACUAUGUGGCGGCCCGGAGGCAGCAGGAACUGAAGGACCCACAGUGUCGAGAUGAGAUGGCAGCAGCACGUGGCGCCCUGAAGAAGAACGCCACUAUGCUGUACACAGCCUCCCAGGCUUUCCUGCGCCACCCAGAUGUGGCGGCAACACGUGCCAACCGGGACUACGUGUUCAAGCAGGUUCAGGAGGCCAUCGGAGGGAUUUCCAGUGCCGCUCAGGCCAGCUCACCUACUGAUGAGAAACACGGACACGCUGGCAUCGAGCUGGCUGCUGCCCUCAAUGAAUUCGAUAACAAGAUCAUCCUGGACCCGCUAACGUUCAGUGAGGCUCGUUUCCGGCCCUCUCUGGAGGAACGCUUGGAGAGCAUCAUCAGUGGAGCUGCACUGAUGGCCGACUCUUCAUGCACACGUGACGACCGCCGUGAACGCAUCGUGGCUGAGUGCAACGCUGUUCGACAGGCCCUUCAAGACUUGUUGAGCGAGUACAUGAACAAU